AUGUCUGACGGUCCUGCUGUAAAGAAACCAAAAUUGUCCUCAAAAGAGGGGGAAGAGAGGGUCGACUGGAAGAAAUGGAAGAGCGAAAAAAAGGAAGAGAAGAAGCGACGGAAAGAGGCCAAACUCCUCCGACAGUUGGAGAAACAGAGUCAGAGAGAGGAGGAGGAGAAAAAAAGACAGACUCAGGAGGAAGAAAAGAAGUGUAGAGGACGUGAAUACACAGUGAGUGUGGCGUUGCCAGGGUCAGUGAUGGACAACGCUCAGUCACCAGAGCUCAGGACGUACUUGGCCGGACAGAUCGCUCGAGCGUGCGCGGUGUUUUGCGUAGAUGAGAUCAUUGUUUUCGAUGAACAAGGGGAAGAAGCCAAAACCGUUGAGGGAGAGUUUAAAGGGGUCGGGAAGAAAGGACAGGCUUGUGUCCAGCUGGCCAGGAUCCUGCAGUACCUGGAGUGUCCACAGUAUCUACGGAAAUCGUUCUUUCCCAAGCACCAGGAUCUGCAAUUUGCAGGUCUGCUGAAUCCUCUGGACAGUCCUCAUCACAUGCGCAUAGAUGAGGAGGCGGAGUUUCGUGAAGGCGUGGUUCUUGACAGGCCAAGCAAAGCUGGAAAAGGAUCCUUUGUCAACUGUGGGAUGAGAAAAGAAGUUCAGAUCGACAAGCAGCUCCAGGCUGGUCUCAGAGUUACAGUUCAACUAAACAAGAACCAGAACUCAGAAAGCAGAGUGUUUAAAGGAACGGUUGUGGCUCCUCAUGUCCCCCGCACACAGAGAGGGCUUUACUGGGGCUACAGUGUGCGACUGGCCCCCUGUCUGAGUGCGGUGUUUACUGGAUGUCCAUUUAAAGAAGGUUAUGAUCUGACCAUUGGGACAUCAGAGAAGGGCAGUAACAGUGACCACAACACUCUCCCUAUGUUUAAGCAUAUGCUGGUGGUGUUUGGAGGACUGCAGGGUUUAGAGGCGAGCGUUGAUGCUGAUCAGAACCUUGACGUGUCUGAUCCUAGCGUGCUGUUUGACCUUUACCUCAAUACUUGCCCGGGCCAAGGCAGUCGGACCAUCCGCACUGAGGAGGCAAUUUUAAUCUCGCUGUCUAGCCUCAGACAGAAAAUUACUUCCCUCUUUCCUGACCAGGCCAAACAGUGACCACAGAGAGUGACCUACCACAAUGUCUGAGGAGGCAGCUAAGGAAGACAGAUAAAACUGUU